AAAAGUGUAUUGUUUGCCGUCUGAAUAGGUGGAAUCAUAUCAUCACAAUGGACAGCCUAAGAUUUUACAUAGACUCCCAUAGACUACUUGUCAUUCACUGUCCCCGCGUCAGAAAUCAAGCAGUCAGACUCACGUCCCCUCAUUCAACAUCACAGCCUCGGGAGAGACAGAAAUCAUCAUCCGCUGUGACAGGCAGCGCAGAGAGAGGUGAGGCAAACCAUGUGACUGUGGAGUAUCAGGACAGAUUAGUGGGUAGGUAGCAGUUUGUCUGUUACUGUCUGGGUAGAUUGCUGUCUCUCGGUCAUCGAGAUUGACCUGAUUUGAACCACCGUUCUCCCCAACCCGGUGAUAUCGAAGAUUUUUACAACACAUCAUUGCUUGUGGACCUGUAAUGGCACUGCUUCCUGUGGAGGCAGAACACUUUGACGGGCUAUCACUCCUCUACUGGACAAUAAUGGGGCCCCAAGGCAUCAACCGUGCUGUGGAGAGACUAGACUUCACAGACUGUAAGAAAGGACUUGGCGUGAAGAUUAUUGGGGGCUACAGGGAACAGAGUGGUGAAGAGUUUGGUAUUUUCAUUAAACGGGUUUUGCCAGGUGGCGUGGCGGCACUGGACGGCCGUCUUAGAGCAGGGGAUCUCAUUUUAGAUGUUAACAACAUGAAUUUAGGAGGUGUUACAAAUGAAAAGGCAGUGGAGGUUCUUCGCAUGGCAUCAUCUACAAAUCACAUGUCUUUACUUAUAGUACGUGAUGAGCAUUCCAGGAGGGAAUUUGCUGAACUAAUGGAAAAAUAUGGCUCGAGCUAUAGUACCAGUUCUGGAUCAGACAUCUCUGUUUCCACAGGAAAGAUGACCGACACAGCCUCCUCCUCCUCAUCUUCCAGGUCAACCAGUCCUCUGCUUCUGAGCCCUAAAGACCCAAACCCAGUAUACACCACUGCCUCCAUUACCUCCCCACCUCCACAAGUCUGCACAGACUGCAUGAUUCAGUUGAUAUGUGUUGCCAAAGGGACAGGAUUAGGCUUGGUCAUCAGGGGCGGAGCUAACCGUGCAGAGGGGCCAAUGGUGUUCAUUCAGGAAAUAAUGCAAGGGAGCGACUGCCAAAAAGAUGGGAGACUAAAGGCCGGGGACCAGCUCAUAUCCAUCAAUAAGGAGUCUCUCGUUGGAGUAACACACGAAGAAGCCAAAAUCAUACUCACUCGAACAAAACUCAGACCAGACCCUACAGUAGAGAUAGCGUUUAUCAGACGAAGGUCUUCUUCUGGCUCCAGCAGUGGACCCCACAGCCCCAUCUCCAUUCAACCUCCCUCCAGUUCAACUCCCCAACUCAGGCCCCCUGGAGUUCUCGUUCCCAAAAUUUCCAGCACCCCCAACUCUGGAAGUGAGACGUUGCCUUCUGUUGACCUUGCUAAGAUACGACCAACAAUAGGAAAGCCUAAUCUCACCCCCGUGUCCUCACUUGAUAGUGCCUGCACCACAGUGGCCAACUCUGAUGCAACCGCUGCCUGUAAACCCAGCAAUACCUGCAGACCCUCAAAACCUCCGUCCUCAUUUCCCAGCUUCGAACUCAAGCCCGAGAAAAUAGAGCAGACACUGGAGGCACUGGGAUUGAAGCCGAAUGACUCUCAGGUCCCGACUUUGAGAGAAAGACUGCGUUUGAACCCAGGAGGGACAGUGGCUUAUGGCGAUUUUGAGAGAGUGACAAAGGAACUCUUUAAACUACCGUCCAAGUCUGACUUGGAACAGGAAGUAGUGAGAUUGACAUCAGAUGAUCUCAGUGAGUCUCCUUCAAACCCUACACCAUCGUUAUCGGACUCUGAUGAUCUGGAGGAGAUGGAGAGACUAAGAAAAGACCACAUUGAGGCCUUGAGAGAGCUCAAGAGAAUACAGGAUAAGCUUGCAGAAUCCGAGAGCCUUAAUCAUAAGAUGCAUCAAGAACUGACAAAAGUUAAACAGGAAGCAAAAUCUGCAAUGGAGGAGAGCCGAUCCCUGCGGACCCGGAUCCAUCUGGCAGAUGCAGCUCAGAAACAGGCCCGAGGAAUGGAAAUGGACUAUGAGGAGGUUAUCCACCUCCUGGAGGCCGAGAUAGCUGAAAUGAAGUCUCAGAAAUCUGAGCAACCCGGUCAGGGCAAGGAUGAUCUACAAAAUAUGAAAAAAAGGAUUUCUGUACUUGAAUGCCAGCUACGGAAAAGUGAAACUGUAAAGAAGGAUUUUGAAACCUCUACGGGUAAACUUCUGCAGUUUGUGGAGGCUGUCCAAGGCUUCCUGUCUGAAAACCAGUGCGGUCCAAGAGGCUUUAGUUCUCCCAGUGAUCCAAAGUUGGCCACACAGUCUCAGACCUUGGCAUCGCGAGGUGGGAAGAAGCCACCCUGGACUGCAUCUGCUCUUGCUGUGGAAGCUAAAGAACUAACUCAUGCCGUCAGAAGCCUUCUAGAGCUGGACUGUUUACCGUAUGGCUGGGAUGAGGCGUACACAGCAGAUGGAGUGAAGUACUACAUAAAUCACGAAACUCAGACAACAUCAUGGACGCACCCUGCAAUGAGAUCUUUGGGUCUGUCAGAACCAAGAACGAAUGACCAAACCCUGAACUCUCCAGAAGCCUAGAAUGAUUCUGAAGACUGUGUGCACAAUUCACUUCUUUCUGCUGAAAGUGAAAAAAAGUGAUAUAAAUAUUCACUAAAUGAAUCUACAGGGUCCCACUCAUGACAUGCAGACCAAAAAAAAAAAAAUAUGUAUAUCGUGGCCAUAAAUUAAGAAUUUGUAAUGGCUCUGUAUGAUUCUGACUUUCAACAUUAGUUGAUUUCUAACUGAUAUUGAAACAUGCACAUUUGAGUUUGAGUGUUUUUGUGUCUGUCCACUGUUUUUCUGGCAUUUAAGGCAUUUCCCCUCAUGUUAUUCACUGACCCCUUUCUAUUCUGUACCUCGACAAAAACAAUGGACAGACCCGAUCCGUUUUUCGAAAAAGUCAAACAUAUUUGCACUUGUUUGAAGUCAAAGGACGUGGCCUCUUCGGUGAAGCAGGAACUUUGGAAGAACACUGUGAGUUAAUCAGGAUGGACUGUUUCUGUGAUGUUCAUUCAGUUUGGCUUAUGUUUACUGCUACUUUGAUCCACUAUUUGUGAAAGCAUUUGUUGAAACAGGAAUUAGUUUUCUUGUUCAAACUUCCUCGAACCAGUUCUGCGACAGUUCUUCUGGAAUCAUUUGCACGAGUUCACUAUUAUUGUUCUUCAUAUUAAGAUGCAUUUUUAAUUCUGCUGUUAUCCUUAGCAGACUUUCUAGCCACAUAUAACUGUGAAAGUGUCUUCUCUUGCAUGUGCAAUUAGUUCUGCGCUUCCAUUAGAAAUGUGAGUUUAACGUACCCUAAGCCUUAUGUGUACAAUUUCUUGGAAAAUGACACAACAUGGCAAUUUUUGCUUUGUUGUGAAUUCAUUCUGCCUAACAGCAUCAAUUUAGCCUCAGAGGUCUCUUUAUGGUAGAUCAUGAAGAGUUAUUAUGUUUUUCCUUUAAUGUGAAUACUUUUGUGGUUAUAUUAAAGAUCAACUGAUAAACCCAU